GUUUACGUUGCCUUGGCCGCGUGGUUGUCCGUGUGGCACGAUGUUUGCCGGGGAAAUCGACGACGUUUGCUAUUUCGGAGUCCUGACAGCGCUGUUGCUUCGCUCGGCGACUUCGUUAUGGCCUUACUCGGGUGCCGGGAAGCCGCCUAUGUUUGGAGAUUACGAAGCUCAGAGGCAUUGGCAGGAAGUCACCGUGAAUCUCCCGGUGACAAAAUGGUAUGAGAACUCGACAGACAAUGAUCUCCUCUACUGGGGUCUGGACUACCCACCUCUGACGGCCUACCACAGCUGGUUAUGUGGGAAAGUUGCUGAAGUCAUCAAUGGCAGUUGGGUUGCUCUCAGUACAUCACGAGGUACAGAGAGCUAUGACCACAAGCUGUUCAUGCGAUACACAGUCCUGGCUGCUGACGUCCUUGUGUACUUUCCUGCCGUGCUGUUCUUCUGGAACUCGCUUUGGUCUCCAGUGAGGAUGAAGCCAAGAGAUGUGGCUAUUGCCAGCACCCUCACCUUGAUCGUGCCUGGGUUGGUUCUCAUCGACCAUGGUCAUUUUCAGUACAACUGUGUGAGCCUGGGCCUUUCCCUGGCUGCCAUAGCUUUCGUAGAGCGCGAGAGGCCCCUGCUCAGCGCCAUGGCCUUUUCGCUGGCACUGAACUACAAGCAGAUGGCUCUGUACUAUGCGAUACCUUUCUUCUGCUACUUACUGGGAUGCUGUUUCCAGCAGCGAGGCCUUGGAUCCAAGCUGAGGCUGUUCCUUGGCCUUGCCCUAGCAGUCAGUGCCACAUUUGGCAUCUGCUGGGCACCUUACUUGGGCAGCCCCGACCGAGCCUUGCAAGUCCUAAAGCGUCUGUUUCCGCUAGACAGGGGUCUGUUUGAGGACAAGGUUGCGAACAUCUGGUGCACUCUGUCCAUCGUCGUCAAGCUUAAAAACCUCUACUCACCGACUGAACUCGCCUUGGUCAGCGGCCUUGUGACGCUCGGCACGGCAAGCAUCUCGGCAGUUGACGUGCUUCUCCGACCGAUGCCGGAACGUUUUCGAUUCAGCCUGAUAAACUGUUCCCUGGCCUUUUUUCUCUGUUCCUACCAAGUUCACGAAAAGACCAUACUGUUCCCAGCACUAGCAUUCUAUCUGAUCCUACAUAAACAUCCUGGUCUGGUGGUGUGGUUUUCAACAGUAGCAACAUUUAGCAUGUUCCCACUUCUCUAUAAGGAUGGCUUGGUGACUCCAUACAGUCGCGCUGGUUGUGCUGAACCUAGUGUUUGUCUACCAGGCCUACUUGAAAGAUGUGAGCAGGAGCACUCACAUUACACUGCUGUUCGUGCUGUCACUUGCAGGCUGUGUUGCACUCAACGCACUGCACCUGACGAUGCCACCACCGGCACGCUACCCAGACCUGCAUCAGCUUCUGAACGCGGCUUACAGCUGCGGCCAUUUCGUUCUGUUUCUGAUAUACACGCACUACCUGCAGUUCCAGCUGCCAGCAUCACGAUUCACCAAGCUCAAGAAGAAGUGAGGUGCGACAUUUCUGGUGUACAGCCCAUGUCAUGAUAGGGCCAGUGUAAUGAGAGAGUUCACUGCACAUUAGUCUCAGCGUUGAAUGAAAACUCCCUCGUCCUCAUUGGUACGAAACAAGGAAAUUACAGUGGAUGUUCUGCAGCACCAGCCGUACGUGCGCUGUACACCAGCUGGAACGACACGCGUGUUCAAGGACUUGACACUCUUCACGCUGCUGCAUUUGGAGGAGAUUGCUGCUGUUGCUUGAACACUUGAUCCGGAUUGUCUCACUGUCUUAAAAUGAUGUAGACUGAACACCUAAUUGUGCACUGUGUUGAAUUCUGGUUUGUCUUGUGCGUGGGGCCAGAUUUGGUGUACCGGGUGUUUUCAAGAGACAAUGUUUCACUAACAGCAGUUGAGUCAAGAAGGAGGUCAGUAGACGGGUCUGGGGCUCUUCCUUUCUGUGUUUGUGCAGCUAUAAGCAGCUGCUGCCAAGUGCCAUGAGAUUUUGAGCGAAUCGAGCAGCAAGCGUCUUUGCAUCUAGGCGAAUAGAAAAGCGAGCAAUCGCUAGCUCCUGCAAUCUAUAGUGCGGUAAGCUACUCCUCCACCAUUGCCAAUGCCAAAAUAUCUGUGCCAAUCAGAAACACCAUGUGCCACCAAAGAGCUUACUUUUUACGACACAAAAAUAUUGUGUCCUAUUAAUGUUGAUGGGCAUUCUGGGAGAGCGUUGUUAUUGGUUGUGCAUGAGUUGUGUAUUCAGGGUUUCUUGGAAUUUUUGUAUGUGGUGCCUUAAUAGAUGUUGCUAGUCAGAUGCCUCUGCAUGUUUUACAAGCUUUCAGAUGGCACAGGUCUUUACAGGCAUUGAGCUGCAUGAUUUUAAUCUGGCAAGUACACCUUGUUCGUGGGCACGAUUAAGUUAGUGAGGUCAUGCACUGGUGCCUUGUGUGUGAAUGUGUGCAUAGAACACCAGGCAGCCUGCCUUGUGUGCGUGCUAUGUACCAUUAGCAUAAAUUCAAAUGUUAACAAUUCAGAAACUACUACAUUACGUUCUUUUGUUUCCAGACUCGAAAACGAAUGCUUGAUACUACACCAUGCAUAGAAACUGGCUAUGGAGCGAUUACAUGUCACACUUUCUUGUAAUUAUGCGUAACAGUUGUUGUCAGUUAUUUCCUGUUUGCAUUUAUGAUGCUACCUAUGUGUGCCAUAGAUGCAACAUGGUUCCUUUCCAAAAUUUGUUUUUUUUCUUUCAGCCUCUGUUCAGAAAAUGUUUGAGGCCCAUACCUUAGCAACAUUUUUUUUAUAUGUGGCUGUUCACAUGAAAGUUUAUUAUGUUCUUGCAGCUAAUUUUUUGUGCUCAAUUGGUACAAUUAUUGCUGUAUAGUCUUAACUGAUGUUAACAUCUUGCCUUUUCUGCGGAUGUUAUUUGCACGUGUGCAGUGGCAGGGCACCUCUUGCAGCGUAUACUGAAAACAUAUUUGGUCAGUAAUUUCCUAAUUUUCUAAAAUUUUCAUCCUCAUUUGCAAUUAAUUUAGCUGUCUAUGUGCAUGUACUGCUUCAUUCAGUAACGCUUGCUAACCAUUCCUCGAAUCCAUAGCAAUUCUAUGCAAGAGAACAUCAGGGAUGCAGAUUAAUGUAAAAUUUUAUAAUUCAGCCCUGAUGUGGAUGUGCAAGAACUAUAUGCUUCGCUGUUCACAUUUCUGUAGUUGAUCAUAGUACUUUGGAAUGGUUCAUUGUUGGCCUACGAAACAAUUGAAAGCUCUUACAUAAUUAAGAGCAGAAUAAAAGGAGAACCUCAUUGAUACGAUCCCGUUUCGUAGAUUUCCCAGUGCCAACGUUCCCAAUCAAGAAGUGACCCAAUAUAGUUAGGCUUCUUUUUUACCGGUUAUGUUCCCGGAAAACAUGGGUCUUCCGGAACCAAUGUUGAUUACAUCGCCAAACUGCAAUUGUAUGUUUCCUGGCAGCUAGAUCCCAUGUGGAGAAGAAAAGGCAUGAGGCACAUCAGUGACUUUGGAUUGUACGUUUUCCUAGUUAGGUAUGUUUUUUCUCGCUUUUUUUUUUUUUCAAGGACGUAUGAAAAAAGUUCUACUUACUAUGUUAGCAAUGCUGAUGUAACAUUGAUGUAACAUUGAUAUUGGAGUGUGUAGACCUCCUUCAAGGCACAUGUUCCUUGUUUAUCCCUUUUCCUUCCCUUUAUCAUUUACUAUGUUUGCAAGAUUACUGAAGUGUGAUACUUUUUCUUUUUACUGCAUGUUUUUAAGCACGUGUCUGUUUUUCAUAAUAAAGGCCUUUCCUUUGUGUGCCACCAUU